CAUUUCUCUCGUGCUGUCUUGCAAGCAUGGAGCUCCACGGCGAACGCGUGUCCGGUCUCACACCUUCGUCGUCUUCUGGAGACUGCUCUCAGGUCACGGUGUCCAGGGAGCUGCUGACCGCGGGGAGCGAGGGUUCCGGAGGUAUCUGGGACCAAUUGCUCAUCAGCUCUAAGCCUCAUUCCAAGAAGACUGCUCUUCACAGGAUUCAGAGGAGCCCUUUGUUAGACCAGGUUCAGGCCUUCCUCCCACAGAUGGCUCAGGCAAAUGAAAAGGUACGAAAGGAAAUGGCGGCUGCUCCAGCUGAUUGCUUCAAUAUCGAGAAUAUUGAUGGAACAUCCGGAAACAUCAUACAGAUGGAUGUGGCCUUAUUUGAGAUGAACCGGUCAGAUUCAAAAGAAGAGGACAGCUCAGAAGAGAGCUCACAGGACAGCUCUGAGGACAGCUCAGAGUCCGAAGAUGAAGACUGCAUCCCCUCCGAAGUCACCAUAGACACCAUAAAGCUUCCGAAUGCAGAAGGUGGCAGAGGCAAGAUUGAAGUUUUAGACAGUCCGGCAAGUAAAAAAAAGAAGCAGUGAGAUAGGCCAGUGAAAAGAGAGGCAGGUCCUCCCUACCUGCGACUGGGGGAAGGUGGUUUCUGGGGUGAUGGGUCCAGGGUCCCUCUGAUGCUCUUUCAGUGUCAAAAAGAAAAAUUUGCAA